UUCUCAUCAAACAUCGAGAUAAGCGACUGUAAUUCUCUAAUCAUGAAGACCUCAUUCAUUUCCAAGCUGCUAUCGCUGACAGCAUUGGCAAUAUCUGCCAACCUUUCUUAUGGCCUCCCUCUCUCCGAACGAGAUCUGAGACUCUUCGAGGAGCGUUACAUCAAUUCAUUGGACUAUUCGCUCGGUAACGACACCGUCAAAUUAGUCGGUUACAAAACCAUCAAGAUCCCCGCUGAAGAACUAGACGACCUGAACGACCAUUACAACAAGCACCCAGAUGUGUGGAAAAACAUGCCAAACUACUUCUACGAUCAGGGGUCUGGCACACUGCGGGCCUACUUCCCAGUCGACGGAGCGCUUGUUGAGCAUGACGGCCAGCACCACGAGGCGAACUCACUGGGCGAGUUGGACCUCACCAAAGUUAACGGCGACAGUUCUGUUCUGGGCCGAAGGCAGACCGAAUCUAUUACGGGUGUGGAGGGCAAUAUCAUCAAGGAUGGUAUUAUAUACCUCGAGAAAGCUGCAAAGCCACAUGCUCAGUACGGUAAAGUGCUCGUCUACGACUUCGGCGAAAAGAUCGUGCUCGACCAUCAUCAUGGCAGCCACUCGAAACGAGAGGGAAAGAAAUCUUGCAUGAACAAUCAUGGCGGUCCGAACUGCAGCGAUAAGUUCAACAUUCAUAAUGAUAAGUGCAAGAAGAGACAUGAUAUCUGCAUGGAUUACAACGGAUGGUUCUCGAACUGCAAGAAGAAUGGCUCGACCUGGAGGAACUUCCCUGGUAGUGACUGUGAUAAGGCACUGGGCCGUGGCAAAUGCUGGAAUGAGGUUAUGUGAGAUGUUCUUGGCUGUCUGUUGUCUUGUUCGUGGUCGGUAUGGAGGCGUUAGUUACGGUGCUCAGUAGGAGUUGGUGAAGGGAGCCUUCUUCUUGUAU